AUGACCUUUGAAAUCAAGGUCACAAGGUCAAAAGAAACGUUAAAUUGUGACUUAAAAAAAAAAAACACAUUCUUGAACUGGCAAUUGUCUUCCUGGUUUUUGCUUCAGGGUCUUCCUGGACCUCCUGGCAACGAUGGAUAUGAUGGACAGCCUGGCCUUCCCGGACCUCCCGGCCCCCCUGGCCCCCCUGGCCUUGGCGGAAACUUCUCUCCUCAAAUGAGCUACACUGACCACUCCAAAUCCAGCGGCCCACCUCAGCCUGGCCCAAUGGGUCCCAUGGGUCCUCGUGGUCCUCCUGGACCCCCUGGCUCCUCUGGUCCUCAGGGUUUCACUGGCCCUCCUGGAGAGCCUGGUGAGCCUGGAGCUUCUGGCGCCAUGGGCUCUCGUGGUCCUGCUGGCCCCCCUGGAAAGAACGGAGAUGAUGGUGAGCCCGGCAAAUCUGGUCGCCCCGGUGAGCGUGGCGCCGCUGGACCUCAGGGUGCUCGUGGAUUCCCCGGAACCCCCGGACUCCCCGGCAUCAAGGGACACAGAGGUUUCAGCGGUCUGGAUGGAGCUAAGGGAGACGCUGGACCUGCUGGCCCCAAGGGAGAGGGUGGUGCACCUGGUGAGAACGGCAUGCCCGGCGCCAUGGGUGCUCGUGGUCUUCCUGGUGAGAGAGGACGCCCUGGACCUCCUGGCCCAUCAGGCGCUCGUGGUAAUGAUGGCAACACCGGCCCUGCUGGACCCCCUGGACCUACUGGACCUGCUGGUUCCCCCGGAUUCCCCGGCGGUGCUGGAGCUAAGGGAGAGAGCGGUCCUCAGGGAGGUCGUGGAAAUGAGGGACCCCAGGGAUCCCGUGGUGAGCCCGGUAACCCCGGACCUGCUGGAUCCGCUGGAGCUGCUGGUGCCCCCGGAUCCGAUGGACAAGCUGGUGCUAAGGGUUCUCCUGGUGCUAGUGGUAUUGCUGGUGCUUCUGGUUUCCCUGGAGCUCGUGGACCUGCUGGUGCUCAGGGAGCUGUUGGUGCUCCUGGUCCCAAGGGUAACAACGGUGACCAUGGUGCUUCUGGUCCUAAGGGAGAGCCUGGUGCAAAGGGAGAGCCCGGACCAGCUGGACCUCAGGGACUUGCUGGCCCCUCUGGUGAGGAGGGAAAGAGAGGAGGCCGCGGAGAGCCUGGUGGUGCUGGACCUCGUGGACCCUCUGGAGAGCGUGGUGCCCCUGGUGCUCGUGGUUUCCCUGGUGCUGAUGGAGGCGCUGGUGGAAAGGGAGCCCCCGGUGAGCGUGGUGCCCCCGGCGCAUUGGGAGCUCAGGGAGCCACUGGUGAGUCUGGAAGCCCCGGUGCUCCUGGCGCUCCUGGAUCCAAGGGUAUGACUGGUAGCCCCGGAAGCCCCGGACCCGACGGCAAAGCUGGCCCAUCUGGUGUGCAAGGACAAGACGGACGCCCUGGACCUCCUGGCCCCUCUGGAUCAAGAGGACAGCCUGGAGUUAUGGGAUUCCCCGGACCCAAGGGAGCCGCUGGUGAGUCUGGAAAGCCUGGCGAGAGAGGACCCGGUGGUUCCACUGGUGCAGUUGGUGCUCCCGGCAAAGACGGUGAUGUUGGUGCUCCUGGACCUUCUGGCCCCGCUGGACCUGCUGGAGAGAAGGGAGAGCAGGGACCUUCCGGUCCUCCUGGAUUCCAGGGUCUUCCCGGACCCCAAGGUGCUACUGGUGAGACUGGCAAGCCUGGUGAGCAGGGCGGUCCUGGUGAGGGUGGACCCCAUGGCCCAUCUGGAUCCAGAGGCGACAGAGGUUUCCCUGGUGAGCGCGGUGCUCCUGGUGUUGCUGGCCCAAUGGGACCCCGCGGUGCUCCUGGCGCCUCUGGUAACGAUGGAGCCAAGGGAGAGACUGGUGCUGCCGGUGGACCCGGUGGCAAUGGAGCCCCUGGUAUGCAGGGAAUGCCCGGUGAGCGCGGAGCCGCUGGUCUGCCCGGUGUCAAGGGAGAGAGAGGUGAUGGUGGUGCCAAGGGAGGUGAUGGUGCCGGCGGCAAAGACGGCGUUCGUGGUAUGACUGGUGCUAUUGGACUCCCAGGACCCCCUGGUGCUCAGGGUGAGAAGGGUGAGGGUGGCGCUGUUGGCGGUUCCGGACCCACCGGUCCUCGUGGUUCCCCUGGCGAGCGUGGAGAGGCUGGACCCGCCGGACCUGCUGGAUUCGCUGGACCUCCUGGUGCUGAUGGUCAGCCUGGUGCCAAGGGAGAGAGCGGUGAUUCUGGACCCAAGGGAGAACCUGGUGCUCCUGGACCCGCUGGAGUUGUUGGAGCUGCUGGACCUCAGGGACCUGCUGGACCUCCUGGACCCAAAGGUGCUCGUGGUGGUGCUGGAUCUCCUGGUGCUACUGGUUUCCCCGGACCUGCUGGAAGAGUUGGACCCCCUGGCUCCUCUGGAGCUGGUGGACCCCCUGGACCCGCCGGACCUGUUGGCAAAGACGGAGCCAGAGGAGGACGUGGUGAGACCGGAGCUGCUGGUCGCCCUGGUGAGGCCGGUGCUCCUGGACCCCCAGGAGUCAGUGGAGAGAAGGGAUCCCAAGGCGGUGAUGGAGCCCCUGGUUCCUCUGGUAUCCCCGGACCCCAAGGUAUUGCUGGACAGCGUGGUAUUGUAGGUCUCCCCGGACAGCGUGGAGAGCGUGGUUUCUCUGGUCUGCCUGGACCUUCUGGUGAGCCUGGAAAGCAGGGACCUUCUGGAAUCCUUGGUGAGCGUGGACCCCCCGGACCUGCUGGACCCCCUGGACUCUCUGGUGCUUCCGGAGAGGCCGGUCGUGAGGGAUCUACCGGUCACGAUGGUGCCCCUGGUCGCGAUGGAGUUUCUGGACCCAAGGGAGACCGUGGUGAGUCUGGCAUGUCCGGACCCCCAGGACCCCCUGGUGCUCCUGGAGCCCCUGGAGCUGUUGGCCCAUCUGGCAAAACUGGCGACCGUGGAGAGUCUGGCGCCGCUGGUAAUGCCGGCCCUAGUGGUCCCGCUGGUGUCCGUGGCCCUGCUGGACCUGCUGGAGGUAAGGGAGACAGAGGAGAGGCCGGUGAGGCUGGAGAGAGAGGCCACAAGGGACACAGAGGAUUCACUGGCAUGCAGGGUCUGCCCGGUACCGCUGGAGGACAUGGAGAGAGAGGACCCGCUGGUGCUUCUGGACCUGCUGGACCAAGAGGACCUUCUGGAUCUAACGGCUCCCCCGGUAAGGAUGGCAUGAACGGUCUGCCCGGACCCAUCGGACCCCCUGGACCUCGCGGUCGCAACGGAGAGAUGGGCCCCUCUGGUCCCCCCGGACCUCCUGGACCUGCUGGACCCCCUGGACCUCCCGGAGGCGGAUUCGACUUUGUCAGCCAGCCUCUCCAAGAGAAGGCCCCCGAUCCCUUCCGUGGCGGCCACUACCGCGCCGACGACCCCAACAUGAUGCGCGAUCGCGACCAGGAGGUUGACACCACCCUCAAGACCCUGACCCAGAGGGUGGAGAAGAUCCAGAGCCCAGACGGUACCCAGAAGAGCCCCGCCCGCAUGUGCCGCGACCUGAGGAUGUGCCACCCCGAGUGGAAGAGCGGCGUGUACUGGGUGGAUCCCAACCAGGGCUCCGCUUUGGAUGCCAUCAAGGUCCACUGCAACAUGGAGACUGGCGAGACCUGCAUCUACCCCAGCACCUCCACCGUCCCCAUGAAGAACUGGUACACCAGCAAGAACAUCAGAGAGAAGAAGCACGUCUGGUUCAGCGAGUCCAUGACCGGUGGAUUCCAGUUCCAGUAUGGCAGCGAUGGAUCUGAUGCCGAGGAUGUCAGCAUCCAGAUGACCUUCAUGCGCCUGAUGUCCAACCAGGCCUCUCAGAACGUCACAUACCACUGCAAGAACAGCAUCGCCUACAUGGACUCCGCCUCCGGAAACCUGAAGAAGGCUCUGCUCCUCCAGGGCUCCAACGAUGUCGAGAUCAGAGCCGAGGGCAACAGCCGCUUCACAUACAGCGUCAGCGAAGAUGGCUGCACGUCACACACUGGCACAUGGGGCAAGACAGUCAUCGACUACAAGACAACAAAAACAUCCCGCCUGCCCAUCAUUGACAUUGCUCCUAUGGAUGUUGGUGCAAGUGAUCAGGAGUUCGGCGUCCAAGUUGGCCCUGUUUGCUUCUUGUAAAAAUGAAAGAAAUAUGGACAUGACAUUGUUGUUUUGUUUCUAGCAGUCAUCUCUAAAAUCCUUUUUCCUAUGCAUUCAAAACUCAUUCGGCUGCCAUUGGUCCACAUGCUUAAAAACCACUCGACUGAAGACGGUGUUUAUGUUUUUUUUUUUCCCAAUCAUGAGAAGUUCUUUUUUUCUUUUUGGACUGCUACUUCAACCAACCACAAGGACACUUUAAAAAAAAGAAUCUUUUGUUCCCACUGGCAACAAGAAAAUAAUAUAUAUACUUGUGUAAAAUUUCCCCCUGGAGAUUGAGAGAGAAAAAAAAAAAAAAGAAACAUCAACUCAUGCAAUGAAACACAGGUGACUUUUGCCAUUUUCUUACCACUGCAGAAAGGACAUUGAAAACAACAAGUGAAAUGUACCAUUUUUCUGGUGUUGAAUAAAUUGUAAAAAGUG